GAUCGUGCGAACUGCGAGCGCAGCGAAAGUGGGAAGGGAAAUCCCGUUCAAGCUAGCCGAACAACUUCCAUCCCCAGUUAAUAAUGAGAUAUUAUUAAUUUUCCGAACAAAAUUAAUACGCAAUACGAGCACUGCAACGUGUUACCACAUUAUGAGUCCUUCGUUAAAAAAAGGUGGAAGGUUCUACUUCAUUAAUUUAAUUGUUCAAUAACAAAAUAAGUGCCACGAUAUACAUUAUCGCCGUAAAUUAUCAACGCUUGUCAUUACUCUCGUAGGGAAUAAUAGGAGUGAAAUGUCGAUUGAAUUAAACUCGGCAUCCUAAAAACAAGCAUUGUUUCUACAUGUUCUAUACUAUGACCCGGCAAAAGAAAUCAGCUUGAGAAAUUCCCCGCGAUUAAAUCCGAACGAUCGGAAAUAUAUCAACUUUGCCACCGAGAUUUGGGAUCGUUAAGACCGACCUUCAGCAUAGCGGUAUUUGUGAAUAUAAGGAUAUAGUUGCAAUUCAAACCCGUUAUGGGUUCGAUUCAAUGCUCAAAAAUGGUCGUUAAUUUCACGGGCAUAUUCAAUUUGUGAUUAUUUUACGUUGUCGCAAGUGACAAAUGUGAAUUGUCAUCAAAUCAUUGCACACAUAAUAAUUGUCGCCUAGGGCGCUUGAAUAGAAUGAGUAUGUGAGUUGCAAAAUUAAUUCAUGAUAUAAUGAGACAGAAGAGUCAAUUUUUGGGAGUGGUAAUCUUCUGGAACCUCCAGGGAAAAGAAGAAACAAACGUGGAAGUUCAAAAAUGUUUAGAAUAAUUUAUAUGAAAAAAAGAAAAUAAUCAUUCAUAGUCGAUGGCGCUUCGCGGUCCACGCUGAGAUGAUGAUGCCAAUAACCGGUAUGGCGACCUCCCUGCAUAUAAUUAUUCAAUUACCUCGCAAAGACGAAUGAUGUUGCCUAUAGCGAUUUAUUCAUGAAAUAUCCAUGAAAACAUACAAUGAUUAAUAUUUUGAUUGCACGAAUCGUAUGCAUUUUAUUUGGUCAAUAAUUACUCUAUGCAAAAAAAUCGCUUUUUUCUAAAGAUUUCGUAUAAAUUUUACACGCUGCAAUUGCGGUUCUUAGGGGAUGAUUUUAGUAGAUUCCAUGAUAACAAUGAUGAUUUUGUGUAUUUCCCAAUGGCCAUGUGUUAUGAAAACGUAAAAAUGACCAAAAAAAUUAUUAAAUUUUCAAAAUACACGCUUAAACAAAAGGUAGAGCUUAGCUAGCCCUGUGAUUUUACUUUUAACCCAGCGAGGGCGCCAAUUGUCAAGAAAUAAUUCUGACCAUCUGACCUGCCAGAAACAGAUGAUUUUUCUCAUUAUUUUUCUGCUGAUGCAGAAGAUGCAUUUAAAUAUGGCGUCUUGUGAAAAAUUGUUCGCUAAGCAGUUUAAAGCACCAGAGAAUGAAAUACUUCAAGAAAAAGUCAUUGCAUCAAGAAGAUGACUUGAGCAGUGAUACGGUCCAGGCGGUGGAUUAUAGUAAGAGAUUUUCCGAACAACGUAAUUCCCGGCAGAACGAUUUUUCCAAAAAAGAACAGGUGCAUCUUGUUGAUUGCUCUACGCGUUAUACACAAGACGAUUCACCCCUACGAAACAGUAUCUCCGACGAUACUAAAAUAAUUAAGAUGCCUAAGAAGGAAUGUCCGGAUUCAAAUUCCAAAGGAGAGGUAUAUGGUGAUUAUGCGGAGAGUGACUUGGAUCAACCGACAGACUAUAGCUUACGUUAUGCCGAGGAUGACACUGAUGAGGAAGAUGAAAAACAGGAUUCUGAAUUCUUUGCUGAGAGAGAACAGGCCUUUUCAUCUGAAGACACCAUCAAGACUUACUGCACAGAAGGGACGCCCUAUGAAACUCCUUUCAACUUCUCAACAGCUACUUCAAUGUCUGAUCUACGUGUUGAAGAUACUAAAGACCCUGAGGUCCCUAAAAAAACUGUAAAAUGUAUUGAAACUGGUCGCAAAGAUACUGAAACCAAUUUUGCUCCAUGCACAGAAGAAUCCAACACCAAAGCCACAGUUGACAAUAGCUCUAAGAGUCUAACAAAUGACUCUAAACACAGUUCGGAGCAAAUACCUUCAGAGAAGUCAGAUAACUAUUGUGAAGAAGUCAUAGAUAAAGAAGGAAAAAUGGUGACUUUCGGUGGAGAAGAUCAUUAUGCCGAACAAACCCCCCUGAUGUUUUCCCGAUGCAGUUCUCUGGGAUCCCUUGGCGGUUUUGAACAACAUUCCAUUCAUGACGAUCGUAGUUCCGUUGUGAGUGAUUUUAGCUGGCGUACCAGCGGUAUCGUUUCUCCAAGUGAAUUACCUGAUUCACCUACACAAACCGUGCCCCCAAGUCCACGGCACCACAAAGCUCAACCUGAAUUUGUAGGCUGCUCUCAGGAUGAGGGUACAAAGAUUCCACCUCGCCUGAACAUCCGAACAAAUAUUAUAAAAUGUAGUGUUUUCGAAGACGACAUAGCUGCUUUUAAAGAGGAGUCUACUCCAAUAGAAUUUUCGGCUGCAACCAGUCUUAGUUCACUCACCAUUGAUGACGAGCCGAAGAUUGCCAGCGAUUCCAAUUUGAAGGGAAAUACCGAAAUACUAAAAGCCGUUAUUCCAGAAGAAAACGGAGAGAACAGUCCAAUUGUUCAAGAGAGCAAAGAUACCAUCAAAGCUGUAGAACUUGACGAAGUUAGUGAAGAUGAAGAUGAAGAUGGCAUUUUAGCUGCUUGCAUAAACAUCGGCAUGCAGAGCAUGAUCAAUCGUAAAGAUGAUCAAAAAUCGCCGAUCAACACCAAAAUACCAGAUGUAGUUGAAACUGUGGAUACAGACCAAGACACCGACGGUGAUCAAGAUGACGAAGAUAUGUUAGCUGCUUGUAUCAACAUUGGAAUGCAUUCAACAUUCCGAAAUCGCAGCGAAUAUCAGAAGAGUUCUACUACUUCCGAAGCGGCCAGUAUCACUGAAACUGUCGACCCUGAGGAAAUCAGUGAUGCAGAUGACGAUGAAGGCAUACUUGCUGCAUGUAUAAACAUUGGCAUGCAAAGAGUUAUGAAUCGUCAAGAUGAGAAGAAGUCAAUUCACAAACCUGAUGUCUCUUCAGUAACAGCAGCUGUCGAUUCAACCAAAUUAAGCGAUGUUGGUAGUGAUGGGGAGGACAUGUUAAAUGCCUGCAUAAAUAUCGGAAUACAGAGCACACACGGACAAACGCUGACUAGAACCAAUCUGCAAAAGUCAACUCAGCCAGCGAGCAAUUUGACGAGAUAUCAGACAAGCUCUGCACUAAAUCAUCUAGACGGAGGAGUGACGAACUCUCCUGACAGCCAGAUACUAUUAAUGAGAAAUCUUAAGCAGGGUGGUGCGGAUGAAACAGCGAUUUUAGACAGCAUUCAUGUCUACUGCACGGAGGAUACCCCCGCGAUCAUUUCUCCGGCCGGAUCUCAUUCGAACCUUUCAGCUCUCUCUAUGCUAAGCUCCCCAGGAAUAGCAGAAAACAUUUGUGAUUCCAAACUGCUGGAAGAAAAUGGCAGACUCUCCGAUUUGCUGUCCAUCGAUAGUUUGACACUCUCUGAAGAUGACGAUCUUAUAGUUGCCAAACUAAUCGAAUCGGGAAUGAGAAAGGUGCAGCUAAACGGCAAUACGUCUUCCGUAAUCAAUCCCCCCCUACUUAAAACUGCUUCGGUUCUUGAAAGACGGUGUAGCACACCUUCAACGUCACCUGCAGAGCUUGCUUGCAGCAGGAAAAAAGGUUUGUUUACACCCCCAUCGUCUGAGGAUAACAACGCUGCUAUUGGUCGUUGUUUUGUAGUCGGAAAAUCACACGAAGAACUAAUGACAUCGAGAGAAGUUCAGUCUGCCAGCUGUGACUCCGAAGAUUUUCAAUCUACACUUUCUUCUCCCAAAUCGACAUGCUCAAUCGUUGGUGGUGAGUUUGAGGAACAGGAACAAGCCCUUCUAGACCUAUGCAUUAUCUCCGGUAUGCCAAAGUGCAGACACGAUGAGCAAAGUGCAAAGAAGUCCAAGAGUAACACCACAGCAUGUAACGAAGAUAAGCAGCCAGGGAACAGAUGUUUAGUAUGUAAGUUCAGUUCGUACACAAUAAAAUUCUGAGGCCAGUUGCUUCAUUGAAUCUUGCUGUGCGGUGGCCAUUGAGCGGAAUGAAAGGAAAUUGGGUGUACGCGCAUCCAUAACUCAAUUUAGUAUUACUAUUUACCGAAUAGCAUAUGGCAGUGAGAAUAAUUAUUAGUAAGAUGUAGAACGUUACGAAAUUAUUCUUCGGACUUGGUCUUCUAGAAACUACAAUUAAAGUUAGAUUUUAUUUAUUAUACGAAGAAACGUGACGAGUCUUCGAUUUUUACCUUUUUUGUACCAGUGAGCAUUCAUUCACUCUAUUGUAUGUAUCUUGCAUAUUCAUUCUUUGUAAAUAAAAUUAUACGGUUGAUGAAGAUCAAA